UGUGGCCGUGUGUGACAGGACACACCCGCGCGCACGACUUUCCUUCCACCGUCUCCUCUAAAAACCUCCUCGGCUUGACUCGUCCACCUCCUUCUCCUCUUUUCCCCUCGUGCCCGCCGCACCCGCCGCCGGAACCCUAGCCUCCGCCGCCACAGGCAGCCGGGAUGGAGAAAGGAGCCCCGGAGGCGUCGCCCCCCUGCGCUCGCUGCGGCAAGCCCGCUCAGCUUCAAUGCCCCAAGUGUGCUGAACUUAAGCUACCGCGUGAGAACGCAGCUUUCUGCACACAGGAUUGUUUUAGGGCAGCAUGGAGCUCUCACAAAUCUGUUCAUCCAAAGCCUGGUGCACUGGCAUCCCAGCAGUCUCCAGAAGGUUGGAAAUAUUGUGUGAGAAAAGGGCGGGGACGUGCAUUGGAACUUCCUCGUUUUGAUUGGACAGGUCCAUUGAGACCAUAUCCAAUAUCAAAGAUGCGUGUGGUGCCAGAUGAAAUUGAGAAGCCUGAUUGGGCGCUUGAUGGAAUUCCCAAGAUAGAACCAGAUAGUGAUUUGCAGAAAAGAGUAGAGAUUAAGACCCCUGAACUAAUAGAAAGGAUGAGAGAAACAUGCCGAAUUGCAAGAGAGGUUUUAGAUGCAGCUGCUCGUGUAAUUAAACCAGGAAUUACCACAGAUGAAAUUGAUAGAGUCGUCCAUGAAGCGACAAUUGCUAGAGGUGGAUACCCAUCUCCAUUGAAUUACCAUUUCUUCCCCAAGUCAUGUUGCACGUCUGUCAACGAAGUCAUUUGCCAUGGAAUUCCAGAUGCCAGGAAACUUGAGGAUGGUGACAUUGUAAAUGUUGAUGUAACUGUAUACUAUAAAGGUGUUCAUGGUGAUUUGAAUGAGACAUAUUUUGUUGGAAAUGUCGAUGAAGCUUCCAAACAGCUUGUACGUUGUACCUACGAGUGCUUGGAGAAAGCUAUUGCAAUAGUUAAACCUGGAGUUCGGUUCCGUGAGGUUGGAGAAGUCAUAAACAGGCAUGCUUCGAUGUCAGGUUUAUCUGUGGUGAAAUCUUAUUGUGGCCAUGGCAUUGGAGAACUGUUUCACUGCGCCCCAAAUAUUCCUCAUUAUUCAAGAAACAAGGCUGUUGGUAUCAUGAAAGCUGGGCAGACAUUUACAAUUGAACCAAUGAUCAAUGCAGGAGUUUGGAAUGAUCGUCUGUGGCCUGAUGAUUGGACUGCAGUGACAGCAGAUGGUAAACGGAGUGCUCAAUUUGAACAUACACUUCUGGUUACAGAGACAGGAUGUGAAGUUUUGACGGCACGGUUACCCUCAUCACCGGACGUUUUUCCAUGGUUGAAGAAGCCGUGAUGGGGCCAUUCCAUCAACAGCAACAAGAAAGAGAUACUGAUACACUGGGUCAGCAAAAAUUUUUGUUACUCUUUAUCAGUCGGUCAAAGCUGAAAUUUUCAAUUUUUCCAGACCAGAAAGUGAUAAGCAUGCUACUGCUGAAUAGUCUCAACAAUUGUCUAUCCUGCGGAAUUGUUCCUGAGAGUGUGUAUUGUUAAGUCGGUUUUCUCCGAGUUACACGAGACGUAUGGCUUCUUGAGUUGUGUCACCAAUAUGAUUAUGCCAUUAAAGUUUACUUUUGACUUCAGAAAACAUGAUUUCCAUCAA